UUACUGUUCUGUUGUUUACACUUUUUAAACCAGUUUUUGAUCAAUUCUUUAUUCAUAAAGCUAGUGUUUUUCCGAGUUUUUGAGCAUUAUUAACGAAAUCAGAUAUGAUCAUUUUAAUUUAGGUGCUAUUGACGCAGCUAUGAUAAAUUUUUCUAUCACACUCGCAUCUCUAUUUUAUUGGUUCGGUUUUCUUGUAAAGAUUGUUGGUAAUAAUAAAAAUACACACAUUUAGUAUAUACAUUCAGACGCGUUGUACAGCUCCAAGUUGCCACAACAUAAUUACGUGUAAACUUAGCCAUCAGAAUUUUAACACCGCGUCCAAGCGAAGCAAUUGAAAUUGACAAUAAAAUUACCAUUUCUUGCUAUGCGUGUAACAUGACUUUUUUCUCGUAAAUUGCUAUAUAAUGUGACCUCGCACAGUUAAUAAGCUAAUAUUAAGAUAUGCUAUGUGUAAGAUAUGCUAAUUUAAUUAUACCUGAUUAUACCAUCGUGAAAGACAAUUUCACUUUUCUAUUUUGACAGUUGUUGCUAUUUUGCACACAUCUUGUAGAGAACAAGUGUUGUGAACCAAUUCUGAUUGAUUUAAUUGGUUAGUUAUAACUCGCGAAAUUGACCAGUGCGAGAUUAAUUUAAUCCGAGUUGGUCAAAUUGAUCUUAUCUCUCAUCGAUUAAAAGAAUAACUUUUUGUCUAAUAUAGGACGCGGUGGAUGCAACUUCGUGCGUAAAACAUGCAUUAUUCAAACUAAAUAAAACACAUGUAUGUUAGAAACGUAUAUGGCUCGUACAGAAAACUAUAACCGACCAUUUUCCUACUCGAAAAUUUUAGCUGAGAAAGGCUUAGACAAUCACGCACGGCUCUGUUUUAUUACGACGUGACAUGAAAUGCGUGCAACAAGAAAAAGAGAAACAUGGCGAGUUAAAGAAAGAAAAGUUGAGGAAUAUGCCAGAAUGAUGAGGAAAGAACAAACGAUGCGAGAGAUUCGUAUGGGUGCUCUAAAUACAAUGCGUUACCGCACUCUAUGGCGUGAGAUGAUGAUGAGGAUUAAAAUGCCGCAGAUCGUCGAAGAUGUGGAAGUCGCAUGGCAGAAUUUUGAUCGAGCAUUUGACAUCAAAAGUUAUAGAAUAAGUUUCCUGAUGGACGAAUUGAGCGAGACUGAGGAGCAAUAUCAGAGAAAUCUAAGAGCACACACUGAAGCGAUAGAUAAGUUAUUGAUCACGUAUAAGGAGAGAAUAGAACGAGAGGAAAGAAAUUAUUACGGGAGAAUCUUAAAACAGACGCUCGACCAGACAGACGUUGAAAUGAACAAACUUUAUAGUCAGCAAAACCAAGAUGAGAUUUUGUUGCAAUCAGUCACUCGUGGAGUUGAACGAGAAAUAGAAGAAUCGUUGAACAAUGUCAAAGGCAUUGUAUUAAGUAAGAUAGAUGCAUUAGUGAAAGAUAAUAAAAAUAUUCGUAGAAUUUCUGCAACGCAACUUGAAAAUCAGCUGCAAAGUACUUGGCAGAUCUUGCAACAAGUCUUAUCCGAUUAUCAGAAUAAAACGAAGAAUCGUCGUAAGCAUUAUGAUGCACUCAAGGAGAAAGACGAUAAGGAUCAGCUCAUAAUAGCCCAACAAUUAUUGCGCACGACAAAUCUUUUUGAGAAAAUACAGAAGUUUGAGAAUAAAAUAAUAAUGUUUGAUGCCACAUCUAAAAAAGAAAUUUCUGAUAUUCUGACCGAACACGAGUUUCUUCAAAAUGUUUGCUGGACUGUAAAAAAUCGUUUCAUCUCAGAACAGGUAAAAGAUAAAGACCAAUUGAAAACAUUAUCGAUUGAAUAUAACAAAACGAUGAAACAUCUAGAACGUCUUGUGACCAAAGGUAAAAGCCUGCUCGCACUGAUGCAAAUCUGUCGCAAGUAUGAAACACAAGAUGAGAAAGUAAUUCCGUUCGUCGGUUGUAAAGAAUUAAAACAUCCGAUAACUCCCUCGUCGGAAAUCUCUGGUUUAUCAGAUUGGAAUGUUGCUCGGCAGAUUACGAAAGAUUUUCAAGAUUUGACAAAUUUCUGGCGGCGAUUUAGUUUCGCGCAAAUAAUGACCGACGAAAUGCGAUCGGAGCGAAACAAACUGAAGUUCGAGGCAAAUUACUUGCGCAAAUGUCUAAAUUCUUAUAUAAUGCAAAAGACAGAAAGAACAAAUGAAAAAUAAGAAUAUAUAAUUGUUCUUUAAUAAAUUUUCAAUUUUGAAAAGUGCAAGUUUAUCUAUAUCUUUUGAAACUAUACUAUAAUAGUGACAAUUAUUGUGAC